CAGCUGCGUGCGCAUGUUCCCUCCUUUCCCGGUUUCUCCGAGUGCAGCUGGAGUCGCCGUCUCCGGCCCGGACCAUCUCUCGCCAUCCGGGCGGGCCGAGGCCUUUGCAGGUCCGAGAAGAUGGCGAAGUUCCUGACGCCCGUGAUCCAGGACAACCCGUCCGGCUGGGGCCCCUGCGCCGUCCCCGAGCAGUUUCGGGACAUGCCCUACCAGCCCUUCAGCAAGGGCGACCGGCUCGGGAAGGUUGCGGACUGGACAGGGGCCACGUACCAAGACAAGCGGUACACAAAUAAGUACUCCUCCCAGUUUGGAGGCGGAAGUCAGUACGCCUACUUCCACGAGGAGGACGAGACCAGCUUCCAGCUGGUGGACACGGCGCGCACGCAGAAGACUGCCUACCAGCGGAACCGGAUGCGCUUCGCACAGCGGAACCUCCGCCGAGACAAGGACCGACGGAACAUGCUGCAGUUCAACCUGCAGACCCUGCCCAAGAGUGCCAAGCAGAAAGAGAGGGAACGUAUACGGCUGCAGAAAAAAUUCCAGAAGCAAUUUGGAGUGAGGCAGAAAUGGGACCAAAAGUCACAGAAACCGCGGGACUCCUCGGUGGAGGUGCGCAGCGACUGGGAGGUGAAGGAGGAGAUGGACUUCCCUCAGCUGAUGAAGAUGCGCUACCUGGAGGUGUCUGAGCCUCAGGACAUCGAGUGCUGCGGGGCCCUGGAAUAUUACGACAAGGCCUUCGACCGCAUCACCACGCGGAGCGAGAAGCCACUGCGCAGCAUCAAGCGCAUCUUCCACACAGUCACCACCACGGACGACCCCGUCAUCCGGAAGCUGGCUAAGACCCAGGGGAACGUGUUCGCCACUGACGCCAUCCUGGCCACACUGAUGAGCUGCACGCGCUCCGUGUACUCCUGGGACAUCGUGGUCCAGAGAGUCGGGUCCAAGCUCUUCUUCGACAAGCGGGACAACUCUGACUUCGAUCUGCUGACCGUGAGCGAGACAGCCAAUGAGCCCCCGCAGGAUGAAGGCAACUCCUUCAACUCGCCCCGCAACCUGGCCAUGGAAGCGACAUACAUCAACCACAACUUCUCCCAGCAGUGCCUGAGAAUGGGGAAGGAGAGGUACAACUUCCCCAACCCAAACCCUUUCGUGGAGGACGACAUGGACAAGAACGAGAUCGCCUCUGUUGCGUACCGCUACCGCAGGUGGAAGCUGGGGGACGACAUUGAUCUCAUCGUGCGCUGUGAGCACGACGGGGUCAUGACCGGAGCCAACGGGGAAGUGUCCUUCAUCAACAUCAAGACCCUCAACGAGUGGGACUCCAGGCACUGCAACGGCGUGGACUGGCGGCAGAAGCUGGACUCUCAGCGUGGGGCCGUCAUCGCCACAGAGCUGAAGAACAACAGCUACAAGUUGGCGCGGUGGACUUGCUGCGCUCUGCUGGCCGGGUCCGAGUACCUCAAGCUAGGGUACGUGUCCCGCUACCACGUGAAGGACUCCUCCCGCCACGUGAUCCUGGGCACGCAGCAGUUCAAGCCCAACGAGUUCGCCAGCCAGAUCAACCUGAGCGUGGAGAACGCCUGGGGCAUCCUGCGCUGCGUCAUUGACAUCUGCAUGAAGCUGGAGGAGGGCAAGUACCUGAUCCUCAAGGACCCCAACAAGCAGGUCAUCCGCGUCUACAGCCUGCCCGACGGCACCUUCAGCUCCGACGAGGACGACGAGGACGAGGAGGAGGAGGAGGAGGAGGAGGAGGAGGAAGAAACUUAAGCAGACAGUGACGCUGGCCUUGAGUGAUCCCCCAAGCCUGACCGGCCUUUGGUGCUUAGCUGGGACUCCUGCUCUGGUGGUGCACGGCUGGAAAGGGCCUAAUAAAGGAUGAGUGUCUUCA